ACGGUUUCAGCGGGUCAGUGCUCAGGGUUGCUGUCCGGAAGAUUCAGGUUGUUUAGCGUUAACACAUGAGCUGUAAAGGGAACUAGUGCUUGCGUUAUUUUAGCACAUUUAUUUACACCUCAGCAUGCGAUUGAUUUAAAGUAAGCGGACCAACGAUCAUCGGAUUCCUUUUUGAAAGAAUCGGCAAUCAAAGGCCGUCAAGAUGAACUCCGUACAGUCAUCCGUACAGUCCCUCAUGCAACUGUUUGAUGGCAAAGCACAAGAAUUUACCAAUGACAUUAAUACUGUCCACAUGGUUUGGCUGGAGGAGAUCCAACAGGAGGCCAACCGAAUGUUCUCCAGAGAGUUUAAUGCUGAGCCAGAAUUGAUGCCGAAAACUCCAUCGCAGAAAAAGAAUAGUCGGAGGAAGCGCGUGUCCUUGGGGCACCAGGAAGAAAAUCAAGCCAGACGAAGGUUUUCGAAGGGAAAGCGCAGCAACCUCCGGGGCUCCUCCGUCAAAUCGCUGAACUUCAUCCCCGAAGAAGAGACCAUUCCCGCCGCCUGCACCUCCGAAGCCAACACCAACACCACCACCACCGCCACGGAGCCCAAGCGCUCCACCCGUAAAAACAAACCAACCACGGCGGACGUGGCAGAGGAAGCGAGCCAUCCACCAUCAGCUUUCCAGGCUGAGGACGUGCAGAACAAGAAGCCGGAGCUGGUGGAGGAGAAAAAGGUGGACAAAACCAGCGAGGUGAACGAUGCAGAAGACUGGUCGGACCACAGCGGCACCUCCCCCCGGACCUCGCCAGCGAUACCCUCCCCCGGUGUCGUGGUCAGCAUCUCCCCGUCGGACCGGUUGUCGGCCGAGGCCCUUGUCCCCCGGCUGCCUUCUCCUGGCCGCUCGGCCGCCAAGAUUGCGAUUGCGGGCGCAGCUCAAAGCUCUCGGCGCAGCUCGGUGCGGUGCUCCCUGAAGCUCCGCCACUCGCUGGCCGGCCUGCGGCACAGCAUGACGCAGGAGUCGGUGCGUCGCGCCUCGCGCCGCUCCAUGCUCAAGAGGAAGGUGUCUCGCGCGGGCAACUCGGCGUGUAGCAGCAACGUUGACGAGGACUCCAGUGUGGAUUCUGCAGAGGAGAACAACAGAGAAGCCAUCUUGGAUGUUGCCAUCGUAGACACGGAGGACAAAGCUGAAGCUCAAGAAUGGAAGGAAAUGCCAGAGAUCCUGGUGAACCCGAGCCCCCGUCUGUCCAUGCAACGCGUCACUCGAUCUGUGGCUGCAAACUCUGUCGCACUGGCCCCCCCGCCGUUGUUUAGCUCUGAAAAAAUGUUUUUGACUCCCAGCAAGAGAACAGUUACUGACAAGCCGCCGACUUCACUGUCAGGUCCCAAGUCGCGCCAGAGUACCAAGCGCAAAGCACCAGACACAGCAGAAGAAAGUCCCACGAAGAAGCGCACUCCUCCCAAGAAAACUCAAAGUGCAAUGAGGCCCAACAUGAAAUCUUUUCUCCACACUGUGCAGAAGAAUCAGAUGCUAAUGAUGACUCCGAAUUCCCUCGGCCGGUCUGCUGUCAUCAAGUCCUUCAUUAAACACACCACCCCCCUGAAGAUCGACCCGAAGUUAAGCAUUGGUAUAGUGACAAAAGAGCGUUACAAGCUGGAAGCACUUAAGAGGAAGCAGGAGCUGGAGGAAGAAAGAAUGAAGAAAAUGGACGAUGAGAAGAAAAAGAAACAGGAUGAACUCAAAAGGAAGCGGGAUGAGCGGCUGAGGAGAGUGUUUGAGGCCAAAGUAAAAGAAGAGCAGAGGGAGGUGGAGAAGAAGAAAAAGAUUGAGCAAAAGAUGGCUCAGAUUGAUGAGAAAAAUGAUAAGCGAAUGGCAGACGACAAAGCCAAAAAGAAGGUGGCCAUUAAACGUCAAGAGGAGCUGGAGCAGAAGAGGAAGUUGGAAGAAGAGGCUAAAAAGAAGAAGAUUCAGCAAGCAGAGGAAGAGAAGCGGCAGCAGGAGUCACUGGCUAAGAAGAAGGCCGAGGAGGAGGAACAGCGAGCUCGGAAGCUGGCGGAAGCUCGCCGCGCUUUGGAGAGGGAGAGGGAGCUGGAGCUGGAGAGAGAGCGGCUCGCUGCCGCUGCUGAAAGGGAGCGCAUUGAAAAGGAAAAGGCCGUUGCUCUGCAAAGGGAACUGGAAAGAGCAGCGAGAGAGAAAGAGAGGAGAGACUUGGAGGAGAAAAGAAAAGCACUUGAGAAAAGAAUGGAGGAGCGGCAGAGAUUGGCUGCAGAAGAGCGAGAAGCUGCUGUGAAAAAGGCGGCUGCUGCUGCUGCUGCUGCUGCAGCACAGGCUGCUUCUUCCCUCAAUACGACUGUGGAUAUUGAGCGCUCUGUCAUGAGCACCCCAGUGGGAAAAGGUGUUUGCCUCAACGUCACUGUGGAUAUUGAGAAAUCCCCACAAUCGUACUCCAUCACGCCAAAGGGCGGCAACAAACCGCUGCCUAAAAGUGCGGACGAUUACGGGAUGGACCAAAACAGUGACGACUCCACUGAUGACGAGUCCGCCCCGAGGAAGCCUAUUCCGUCCUGGGCCGAAGGUCACCACCUGCAGCAGAUCAUUAUGAAGCAGUACUUCAACCCUCCUGAUCUGGACUCUUUCUUCGGAGUAGUUGAACCACCAAAACUGGAAAAUAUCUUUUACAAGAGCAAGCCUCGAUACUUCAAGCGCACCAGCUCCGCUGUGUGGCACUCUCCUCCCAUUGGAAGCAAAUAAUGUCUGUACACACUGAUACAGUUAUGCAUAGCUGUAAAAAGUUCAGUCUUUGUUUUAAGGUCUCUUUCCAAUAAAGUACCAUAUUUUUGUGGAUGGUUUUUCAAUGUUUUUAGCUCAAAGUUUUAGGACAUAUUCUUACUACUAUGUAAAAUACGUGAUGGAUUCUGCUGAUGCAAAAGUGAAAGUGGUGCUUCAUGCGCGGUUUAGACUUGAAAAUGGGUGUAUUAUAACCCAGUGGGAUGUAAACGUAUGAAGGUUACUGCUAAGUGAUCAGCAACGACUUUCAUUUGUAUAAUGCGUACAGCUACCAACUGUAAAUUAUAAUUGUUUCUUAUAUUUGGGAUGUAUUUUGUUGCAUUAAAAUGAACAAAAAAGUA